UGUCAACACGGCGCGGUGGGCGACGCGCACAGGGCCCGGGGGUAGCCAGGCGACCGGCUUGCGCUCAGUGAAGAUCCAGCAAGCGGGCAGCGAUGGCGGAGGCGGCGCCUGCUCGGCACAGGAGGAAGCGACGCGCCACAACUCUGACUUCUUCUCCACUGCCCCCACCAGCCACUGAGAAGAGCCCCUAUUUCCAAAACUCUGAGAUCUCGCUCUGGACUGUGGUGGCUGCCGUCCAGGCCAUGGAGAAAAAGGUGGAGGCACAAGCUGCCCGGCUACAGAGCCUGGAGGGGCGCACAGGCAGUGCCGAGAAGAAGUUGGCAGAUUGCGAGAAGACAGCAGCUGAAUUCGGGAACCAGCUGGAGGGCAAGUGGGCUGUGCUGGGGACGCUGGUGCAGGAAUACGGACUGCUGCAGCGGCGCCUGGAGAACAUGGAGAACCUGCUGCGGAACCGCAACUUCUGGGUCCUGCGGCUACCACCUGGCAGCAAGGGGGAGAUCCCUAAGGCAUCCCGAUCCCUAGACAAUGACGGACUCUGCUUCUCAGAGCAGGAGUGGGAGAACCUGGAGGAUUGGCAAAAAGAUCUUUACAGAAACGUCAUGAAGAGCAACUACGAGACGCUGGUAUCCCUGAAGGUCCUUGGCCAGUCAGACGAAGAAGCAGAGUUGAGUACUGAGAUGCUGGAUAACUUGGAGGAGGAGGAGGGUCCUGAAGGCGUUCACCCAGAGGCAGUGAUGAUGAAACAGGAGCUGCAGUACCUACAGGAAGGUGUAGUGGAUCUGCCUGGAGAGUUCUCAGGCAUUGCUGAGGAGCAGACUGAUCUCUGGGAAGGAGCAGGUACUUCUGUCCUCCUAGAAUCUGGACCUGGGGACACCAGUCUCGAGGAUGCUGAUGAAGGAAGCAGAGACUCCAGCAGUGGCAGAACUCUGGGCACCUUGAAGCACAAGUCUGCCCGGCAGCGACAGCGACAGCUGAGCCAGGAGUGUAGGCAGGGCCAGGAGUUUAGAAGAGGUGCCCCCUAUGCCUGUGCUCAGUGUGAUUCCAGCUUCCGUUCAAAACAGCAGCUGGCCGCUCACCUGCGGACCCACACGGGGUGGGAGCCUGGCAGGGCCUCCCCGUCUCAGGAGAGUCUGCGGCCCCGGCCCCGGCUCAAGCCCCAGGCCUCACGGGCGAAACUGCACCAGUGUGACGUGUGUCUGCGCAGCUUCAGCUGCAAAGUGAGCCUGGUCACCCACCAGCGCUGCCACCUGCAGGAAGGGCCCAGCACCGGACCCCGUGUCCAAGAGCGCUUCUCUCCUAAUAGCCUGGUUGCCUUGCCUGGCCACAUCCCCUGGCGGAAAAGCCGGAGUGCCCUCAUCUGUGGCUACUGUGGCAAGAGCUUCAGCCAUCCAUCAGACCUUGUGCGGCACCAGCGUAUCCACACUGGUGAGCGACCCUACAGCUGCACCCAGUGUGAGAAGAGUUUUGUGCAAAAGCAACACCUCCUGCAGCACCAAAAGAUUCACCAGCGGGAGCGUGCUGGGCUGCCCUCAGAGCCUGGACGGCCCAAUGGCUUGCUCUAAGGGUGCCAGCCCCUCACCCCUGGGGGGGGCAGAGGGGCUGGCAUUGGCUCCCCCCCCACAUCCCGAGAGACACUGUAGCACCAAGGUCUGCAUUCUCCAGGGAAUUCCGCAUUUGCCUGCCUUGACCAGUACUGGGCUGAGUGACCAGGACCAGCCUCUGCCUGGUCUGCUUUGCUGCCAAGAGGAAUUUUUGUGGCUUCUUCCAGGCUAUGGCUGUACCAUCUGUGCUGGUGGUGUGCUGGUGACGUGCCUGGGGCCUGCCCCAGUGUUUCAGGUUUCCUGUAGAGCUGAGUCAGGCCGGGGGUGGGGGGAUGACUUGAUGGGAGAGAGUUGGGGCGGCUUCACCCUCAGUUUACUUUUUGGUGGUUGUCUCUGUUAGAAAUUAGUUGAAGAAAUAAUUUAAACGAAUUGCAGCCCUGCUUCAAAGAGCCAUCUUUGGAACUAGCUUCUAGUUGACAAACAAUAGAGUCUGAGCCCUAUUUGAAAUGCACACAGUUGGAGAGGGUGUUCCUGACACGGGACCAGGUCUGCCCUCUAGGAGGGAAUUGUUUCUGGGGCUCUUUCAGCCCAUUACACAGAUAUUGGGAUGGGGGGUGGUGCUGAACUCUAGGCUGGCCUCCAGUGAUGGCCCAGGAAAUCUAAGGAUGGCAGGAAAAGGGAAGGAAAGGAGCUCCUGGCUCUGCUCAGAACCAAGGGAACAGCUGCUGCUUCCGGAGGGAAGCUGGCUUGGUUACAAGGGGGUUCAAGUUGUAGCAGUGGGUAUGUGAAUUCCCUCCUGGCACACCCAUACUUUUUAGAGGUGUUUUCAGAUCAUGCUUCUGUCGUCACCUGGUGUUGCCUGUUUGUAAUCUGUCGUCUCAGGAGUAAUGACUGAUUCCUGGGCUACCCUAGGGGAGGUGGGCUGGGGCUCCUGGGCUGUGGAUCUGAGUGUCCCAUUGGAUGAUUCUCAGUUGCCUAGAAUAAAACUCGCUACUUGCAAAAAGGU